UCUCCCGGGGAGCGGCGGGAACUGCCAGACUGUUUUCUACAGCAGCUGCACCAUUUUGCAUUCCCAUCGGCUGUGCACCAGGUUCCAGUUUCCGCCGAUUGGAGGAGGAGUUGUACCGGAGCCCUGUGGUCAAGUGAUGGGUCCCACGUGUAGAACCUGCAGCAGAUGCUCUCAGGGGUAAAGGAAGAGGAAAUUUGAGCUGAGAAAUUUAGGAAAGAACCCGUGAAAGAAGUUGCUGCGAUGGUUGGCUGGGCUCUCAGGAGAGCUGCCCAGGUGCGCGUCCACCUGGCAAGGAAGGCCAGCGGGGUCUGCCGAGGCCCUGAGCAUCAGGCCUUGGGCGCGAGGCCCGCUGCCCUGGAGCCCGCCGGCCGGGGAGCCCCCGGGCCCCCGGGCGACGCGGUGGAGCUGCUGGGCAAGUCCUACCCCCGGGAUGGCUACAGCAACCUGUCCCGCAAGGUCCUGUCCAGGGUGGGCAGGAACCUGCACAACCGGCCGCAUCACCCGCUGUGGCUGAUCAAGGAGAGGGUGAAGCAGCACUUCUACGCGCGGUACGUGGGCCGCUCGGGGACGCCCCUCUUCUCUGUCUACGACGACCUCUCCCCGGUGGUCACCACCUGGCAGAACUUCGACAGCCUGCUCGUCCCGGCCGACCACCCCAGCCGGAAGAAGGGCGACAGCUAUUACCUGAACGCGACCCACAUGCUGCGCGCGCACACGUCCGCGCACCAGUGGGACCUGCUGCGCGCGGGGCUGGACGCCUUCUUGGUGGUGGGCGACGUGUACCGGCGCGACCAGAUCGACGCCCAGCACCACCCUGUGUUCCACCAACUGGAGGGCGUGCGGCUCUUCUCCCGGCACCAGUUAUUUGCUGGCACAAAGGAUGGAGAAAACCUGCAGCUUUUUGAACAGAGUUCUCGCUCUGCCCAUAAACAGGAGACACAUACCCUGGAGGCCACGAAGCUUGUAGAGUUUGACCUUAAGCAAACACUUACCAGGCUUAUGACACAUCUUUUUGGAGAUGGGCUGGACAUCAGAUGGGUGGACUGCUACUUUCCGUUUACUCAUCCUUCCUUCGAGAUGGAGAUCAGCUUCCACGGGGAAUGGCUAGAAAUUCUUGGCUGUGGGGUGAUGGAACAGCAACUGGUAAAUUCAGCUGGUGCUGAAGAUCAGAUCGGUUGGGCCUUUGGCCUUGGGCUGGAGCGGCUGGCCAUGGUCCUCUACGACAUCCCCGACAUCCGCCUCUUCUGGAGUGAGGAUGAGCGCUUCCUGAAGCAGUUCUGUGUGCAGGACAUCAACCAGAAGGUGAAGUUCCAGCCUCUCAGCAAAUACCCUGCUGUGAUCAAUGACAUCUCAUUCUGGUUACCUCCCGAGAAUUACACAGAGAACGAUUUCUAUGACUUAGUCCGAACAAUUGGAGGAGACCUGGUGGAAAAAGUGGAUCUUAUAGACAAGUUUGAACAUCCAAAGACACACAGGACAAGCCACUGCUACCGCGUCACCUACCGCCACAUGGAGCGCACGAUGUCGCAGAGAGAGGUCGGGCGCGUCCACCAGGCCGUGCAGGAGGCGGCCGUACGGCUGCUGGGCGUCGAGGGCAGGUUUUGAUGUUGCCACCUCCCCGGCCGCGGCCCUCCCAGGGCCCCGGGUUUGCUGAACCAAAGAGAAAAAAGAUACUGUUUGUGGACCGAGGCAUCCGUCAUCUUGUGAGAAAUGGGUCAGUAUCAGGGCUUUCAGAAAAUAAAGGAUGGCUCUUGAGAAA